GCACCAUGGAGAUUGUCUACGUGUACGUCAAGAAGCGUAGCGAGUUUGGGAAACAGUGCAACUUCUCAGACCGCCAUGCCGAGCUGAACAUCGACAUUUCACCCAACCCCGAGCUGGCUGCACAGUUCGUGGAGCGGAACCCAGUGGACACGGGUAUCCAGUGCUCAACCAGCAUGUCAGAACAUGAGGCCAACACAGAACGGUUUGAGAUGGAGACCCGGGGGGUUAACCAUGUCGAAGGGGGCUGGCCCAAGGAUGUGAACCCCCAGGAACUGGAGCAAACCAUCCGCUUCCGGAAGAAAGUGGAAAAGGAUGAGAAUUACAUCAAUGCCAUCAUGCAGCUCGGCUCGAUCAUGGAACACUGCAUCAAGCAGAACAAUGCCAUUGACAUCUAUGAGGAGUAUUUUGAUGACGAGGAAGCCGUGGAGGUGACCGAGGAGGCCCCCUCAGCUAAAACCAUCAACGUCUUCAGGGACCCCCAGGAAAUCAAGCGGACGGCCACACACCUCUCCUGGCACCCUGAUGGCAACAGGAAGUUGGCAGUGGCGUAUUCUUGCCUGGAUUUUCAGCGGGCUCCUGCGGGCAUGAGCUACGAGUCGUAUAUCUGGGACCUGGAAAACCCCAAUAGGCCUGAACUUGCCCUGAAGUCAUCUUCUCCACUGGUCACAUUGGAAUACAACCCCAAAGAUUCCCACGUGCUCCUGGGGGGCUGCUACAAUGGGCAGAUAGCCUGCUGGGACAUCCGGAAGGGCAGCCUGGUUGCAGAUCUGUCCACCAUCGAAUUUAGCCACCGAGACCCUGUGUAUGGCUCCAUCUGGCUGCAGUCGAAGACUGGUACCGAGUGUUUCUCUGCAUCCACGGAUGGACAGGUCAUGUGGUGGGACAUCCGUAAGUUGAGCGAGCCCACCGAGGUGGUGAUCAUGGACAUCUCCAGGAAAGAGCAGCUGGAAAAUGCCUUGGGAGCCACCUCCCUGGAGUUCGAGUCUACGUUGCCAACCAAGUUCAUGGUCGGCACUGAGCAGGGUAUUGUCAUCUCCUGCAACCGCAAGGCCAAGACAUCAGCAGAGAAGAUUGUGUGUACCUUCUCAGGCCACCACGGCCCCAUCUACGCCCUCCAGAGAAACCCCUUCUACCCAAAGAACUUCCUGACUGUCGGCGACUGGACAGCCCGCAUCUGGUCUGAAGAUAGCCGGGAGUCGUCCAUUAUGUGGACCAAGUACCACAUGGCUUACCUCACCGAUGGAGCCUGGAGCCCCAUCAGACCAGCUGUUUUCUUCACCACCAAGAUGGACGGGACCCUGGAUAUCUGGGACCUUGUGUUCAAGCAAUGCGAUCCUGCUCUCAGCCUGAAGGUGUGUGAUGAGGCUCUCUUCUGCCUCCGGGUGCAGGAUAACGGAUGUCUCAUUGCCUGUGGCUCCCAGCUAGGGACAACCACCCUGCUAGAAGUCUCUAGUGGGCUCUCCACCCUCCAGAGGAAUGAGAAGAACAUAGCUUCUUCCAUGUUUGAGCGUGAGACCCGGCGGGAGAAGAUCCUAGAAGCCAGGCACCGAGAGAUGCGGCUGAAGGAGAAAGGCAAGGCAGAGGGCAAGGACGAGGAUCAGAGAGACGAGUUGUUGGCCGUGGACUUGAACGAGCUAGUCACCACUGCUGAGGAGGAAUUCUUCAGUGUCAUCUUUUCAGAGCUGAAGAGGAAAGAGGCAGAGGCCAUGAGGAAGAAGUCAAAGGCUGUAAGGGCCUCAGCAGGGGCCCUGAGAAAACGGUCAAGUGCAAAGGCAGAUGAUGUGCUGGUGGAAGAAGAUGCUGGGGAGGGAGAAGAUGCCUGGGAGGCAGAAGAUGCUGAAGGAGAAAAUGGCAGGGAAGAAGAAGGGGGUGAGGAAGAGAGGCCAGCUUAG